AUAGUAUCACAAAUUUCCACCGUUUCGUCUUACAAGUGUGUGACAGUUAAUGAACCAUAGUACGAGCAUCAAGAUGAAUAAAAAGUCGACAACUAACAUUGACGCUGCAGAGGUCGAGCAUCAGAAGGCGAAAGUCAUGUCUUUGGAAAAUGCAUUGUCGCUAACAGGUUUUGGAAAAUACAACUUCAGCCUCCUAGUGGUGUGCAGCAUGACUCUUCAAGCGAUGGGAAUGGAUCUCUUCGGCAUCAGUUUUAUAGUGGCAGCCGCUGUUUGCGACCUUGAGUUGACCAUGCAACAAAGAGCACUGCUCACAGCCACACCUUUAAUAGGUGUGGUCCUCGGAGCUCAAGCGUGGGGCUACAUAUCAGACACCAAAGGCCGGCGCCUGACUCUCGUCCUCUCGAUGUCUCUCGGCUUCGUGUUCGCAGCUCUCAGCUGCUUCUCACCAGACUGGAAGACCAUGGCUGCCCUGAAACUCAUGUCUUCCACGUUCACAUCAGCGAGUAACUCGGGCGCCUACACACUACUCGGAGAGAGUUGCUCGUGCCACUCCCGCGGCCGCGCUAUGCUGCUUUGUACCUGUGCUCUCAUGUGCUCCCAGGCUUCUGCUGCGGUGGUAGCCUACCCCAUUUUACCUUUGGAGUUUUCUUACCACAUCGAAUUCUUGGGCAUCACAUUCAACUCCUGGCGUCUGCUAACCGCGGUGAUGGCAGUACCCUGCGCCGUCACGGCCUGUCUAUUGCUAUUCUUCUACGAGAGCCCCAAGUUCCUCGCCUCGCAGGGACGCUACUCCGAAGCCUUGGACGUCCUGAAGGGCAUCUAUGCUUGCAAUACUGGCGACCGUGCUGAUAAUUUUCCGGUAUCCAAACUGCUGGAGGAUGAAGAGAACCAGUCUAUAGUACUCGAAGGUUGCUUCCUCAGAUCCUUGUGGCAGCAGACAGCGCCGCUGUUCCGCUCCCCGCUGCGAAAAGAUACCCUCAGCCUUUUCUACCUGGUCAUCAUCAUCUAUAUGACUGGCAGCGGCUUCAUCCUCUGGUUGCCCUACAUCAUGAACAACCUGUUUAUAGUGCUGGAGUCUGGCGGAGGCGAUGGCAUGAACCUCUGCAGCGUUAUCAGAUAUACCGAAGAAUAUACUCUCUCCGGAAAUGACACAGCCAUAGGAGAAGUCUGCAACGAUACGAUCCAAGAAACAACAUUAUUCUCCGCAAUGAUCUACGGUGCUCUAGCCAGUUCUUCGAAUUUGGUGCUCUCUCUGACCUGUGGUGGCAGAAAGAGGCUCGCUAUGAUGUGCAUCCUGGCUAUGUCCGCCACAUCCGCGAUACUCGUGAACCUGGUGAGGGUCCCGCUUGCUGGUGGAAUCUUCUUCUUCUUCUUUAUAAUGUGUGCUCUCUCGAUGGGGCUGCUGAGCGUCUACUUUGUGGAGCUGUAUCCCACUUCACUGAGAGGGAUGGCUUCGUGUCUCUCGGUGAUGGUUGGGAGAUCCAGCGCGUUCCUGGGUGUCAACGCUAUUGGGGCUUUGUUAUCCCUUAACUGUGAAGGCACAUUCUACGGCUGGGCCUUAUUGCUAUUAAGUGCGUUGAUAACAGCAUGGUUCCUACCACGGGACCGGAGAUCCCCCAAGUGAAAGACCAAAGUACACACACUGAACCUUUAAGAAGAUAGUUAAGUCUAAAACAGUAGAAGUGUUUCAUCAGUUAACCUUCCCUGUUGUUAUUUUGAGAUAUUUCAUGAACCCAGACGCUAAAAUUAAACGCUGUUGUGAUUAGAACAGCUAAAGGAUUAGUGUCUGUAUCAAUUGACUUCGCCACUAACAUUUGAUGGAAGUUCAGUGAAUUUGAUUAGUCGUGGCGAAAUAUUUUCAUCAGCCUCUUGU